AUGCCAGUCUGGAAAACGGUACAACGCACAGUCCCCUUCUGGCUCGUCGGGAUCGCCCCGGCGGAGAUCCUCGGGCGAGAAAUCGCCAGAACAGCCGCCAGGCUACACACACUCCCGGUCAACCACCCCCUCACGGAGAGACGGCUCGGCACCACAGUGACGGGCUGGUCGAGGCUGACAAGCAUGGCCAACCUACACCCCCCCAACGGCGGAGGCCCCCGGCCCCUGGACCCCGAGACUCCAAGCGCUUCGGGAAUGGCUGAACCCGGGGGCGGAGGCCCCGCCCAAAAGACCCCACAUACAGACGCUCCCACCGGAAGCAGACCCCGACCUGUACUGGCAGACCCACAGACCGCCAUACCUCCAGGACACCCCUGGCACCACAACAACCCCUACCUCGACCUCCCGCGGUCAUACCUCGCGAGGUGGAUAGGAGAGAAAACCGGACACUACGACUUCCACUCGAUACACAAUCUCAAGGCCGACGGAUACACCGGCGCCCGCGCUAGGGCGGACGGCAGUAUCUACGGCAUCAGAACGAUCAGGCCGGAGACCCCGGACCCAGACGACGAACCACUACCCCUCGAGAUGCCGGGACACGCACCGGCCGAACUCGAAGGAAUCAACUACGACGGACGAACGGUAAGAAGGCUGGAGGAGGACACGGAGAUGGAGGAGGAGGAGGAGGAAGGAGGGGAGUGA